AUGAAGAGCCAGAUACCUCUUGUUCUCCUUGCCUGCGGCUCCUUUAACCCCAUCACAAACAUGCACAUGCGUUUAUUUGAGCUGGCUAGAGAUCACCUUCAUCAAACAGGAAGAUACCGGGUGAUUGAAGGUAUCAUUUCUCCGGUCAACGAUAACUAUGGAAAGAAAGGCUUGGUUUCAGCAAGGCACCGGAUAGCUAUGGCUCAGCUUGCGCUGGAGACAUCAGACUGGAUUAGAGUGGAUCCAUGGGAGAGUGAACAGGAGAAGUGGACUGAAACUGUAAAGGUGCUAAGGCACCAUUAUAAUGAGUCGCUCAGAUCGCUCCAGUUCAGGAAGGAACUCGUGAGAAACAAUUGGCCCACAGAAAGAGCUACUGAGGAUUUCCUUUCUUCAUUGGACCCAGGUUUCUCAAGUGGCAGAGGUCUGUGUGGUGGAUCUAAAGGUUCCAAAGUUGUUGAUGACCCAGUUGAGUUUUCCCCAGAGUUAAAGCUGCUUUGCGGAGCUGACAUUCUGAAGACAUUUAGUACACCUAAUCUCUGGAAGGAGGAACAUAUUAAAGAAAUAGUAGAAAAGUUUGGUUUGGUGUGUAUUAGCCGUGCUGGCUCUGACCCUGUUCAGUACAUCAGUGAAUCAGAACUUCUGACUCAAUUCCAGCACAAUAUUCACCUGGUCACAGAACAGAUUCAGAAUGAAAUCAGUGCCACGCAUAUACGACAUGCUUUAUGCAAAGGACUAAGUGUGAAGUAUCUCAUUCCAGAUUCUGUCAUUUCCUAUAUUAAGCACUAUAAUAUCUACACAGAAGAGAGUGAGGGAAAAAUAAAGGGGAUUUAA